ACAUCAUUCUCUCCAUGAAUUUUUUUUUUUUUCCUUUUUUUGUCUCGACUCUAUUGUGCUUGAAUCAGGCAAUGCGAUUUUGAGCACAGCUUGCCAUUUUCAACUUUCUUGUGCAUCUUCUUCUACUCUUCAUCCAUCUAUCGAGUCCCUGCAUUCUGUUCUUUGCCACUCGCUUUCUUGUUCUGUAUCUAUGGAGUAAAAUCAUUGUAAUUUUUAUUUAUUUAUUUACUUUCAUGACCAUCUUUUCUAUGUUAUCCUCUUCUUUUGCUUUAUUCUGCUAUGACUUGUCAGAAUAGGGAACGAUGGUACUGGAGUGGAAAUGACAGUUCAUUCUUUUCUCUGAGGUGACCUCGCUAGACUUCUCAUAGUAUAUCCGAUCUGUCCCAGCUUUCCAAAUCCUUCGGGCUAGCUUGAGAAUCAUGGCUCGUCAGGAAGAGGGGUGGCCUCUGGGGUUGAGACCACUGAAUGCGAGAGUUGGGUUGGCGAGAAAUAGUGAUUUGUCUGGAUCAAUCUCCUUCAGCACUUUGUUCACCGGUUCUCCCACUUGUUCCUCCCUUUCUUCUUCAGAUCUUGAUACCGAGUCUACCGGGUCAUUCUUCCACGAGAAAAGCAUCACGCUUGGCAGCCUGAUUGGAGUUUCUAGCAUUUUAGAGCUUCCACGACGAUCAACGAGGGGAAGAGUAGCAGAAACCGUGAGAGACAGAAACAACAAAAACGUGUACAAGCCCAAGCUAUGGCUGUUCUCACUCUGCUCAAAACUCAACACUGAUGCCGUGAACGCCAGCAAUAACAGUACUCCAUCUCUUGGUCACUUUCUAGAAGCAGAGAGGAGAACGGCAGGCAUAUACAGAAGGAAUCUGCACAGCCCAACCUCCAUUGAUACUAAUGCACCUUGUGAUUUCUCAUCCACCCUCCCCAUUUCCGAUGCAAACUCGUUGUUUGUUGGUGGCCAAGUUGCUCCUCAAUCAAGUUUUCCAUUGGAUGAGAAAGGUGGUGGAUCAAAACAAUCCAAAAAUGAUUUUUUAGAGGCCGGCAAUGGGUAUGGGAUUCCAUUACUAUUCUCCUGCUUGCGUGGAUACCUCAUAAAAUGAUAGACUUCAAUCUGUCAAUGAACAUUACAUUUUGUUGUAUGUUUGUCUUGGGUCUAGCUAAUUGGUUCCUUAAUUGUCGAUGCGUCGGAUUCAGAUGGCGGCGUUUUUGUUGUCAGGAGUACGAAAUUCUAAGGCCCAACAUGUUGAAAAGGAGGGUUUUUUUGGCUUA